GAAUCGGGGGGCAGGCCUGGGAUUUCCAUUGCGAACUGCGCUCUCCGCCUGCUGUCUCGGGUUAGCGUGCACGCCACGCCACCUAACCUGGAACUCUGCUUCAGGCACCCCCCAGUGCUAAGAUCGGGUAGGGCGUCAGCGACGACGGCUUUCGAGGUUGCGCUUUGCGACCGAUCCCACUCGCAGCGUUGGUCAGACCACGAAGCCGGCCGAGAUUGCGAACCUGCGCCAGCGCCUCGGACUACUUGCGAGUUAUGGAUUUCCUCAAGUCGGCUGUCGCAUCCGCGAUUGCCAAAGGGCCGCCCUUUCCAUACACGUUUGGCGACAAGGUCGACCUCGACCCCUCCAUCUGGGCCCUCUACAACGGCACGCGACGUGAGGACGGUUCCAACUGCAGCAUCUUCUCCUUCGACAUCACCGCCAACCGCUCCGCCCUCCCGCUGGCCCGAAACGCGCUGAAGAAACUGCGGACACUGCGACACCCGGGCGUCAUCAAGGUGCUGGACACUGUCGAGUCAGAUUCGUACAUCUACAUUGCCACCGAGCGACUGGUCCCUCUGCGGUGGCACGUUAAACGAAAGAGCUUGAGUCCAGAAACCACAAAAUGGGGUCUCUACAGCAUAGGGCGUACCAUCAAGUUCAUCAACGACGAGGCGUCGUCGAUCCACGGCAGCCUCAAAGUUGCUUCCAUCUUCACAUCUGAAAGCGGCGAAUGGAAGUUGGGAGGCUUCGAGGUGCUGAGCAAUGUCAAGGACGACGACGCCGUCAUUUACACAUAUGGUAGUCUUGUUCCCGACUCGGGCCGCUAUACGCCGCCCGAGCUAGCAAGGUCCGGCUGGGAUGCUAUCAAACGCAGUCCCCAUUCGGCCGUUGACUCGUUCGGGUUUGGCCUGCUGGUCUUUGAAGUGUUCAACGGCAGCUAUAGCGGGACCGACCAGGCUGGACAGACGAAGAAUAUUCCUCCUAGCAUGCAUUCAAGCUACAAGCGCUUAGCUAAUGCAAACCCCAAAGCGAGGCUUAGCGUCGGCCAUUUCCUCGACCAAGGACUACGGAGCGGCUCCUUCUUUGAUACCCCCCUAAUUAAACUUACUGACGGCGUUGAAAACCUGGGAGUAAAGACAGAAUCAGAGCGAGAGGAGUUCUUGGAUGAUCUUGGCCAACUAAGCGAUGACUUCCCCGAGGACUUUUUCAAGAUGAAAGUCUUGCCCGAGCUGCUAAAAUCAGUUGAAUUUGGCGGCGGAGGGCCCAAGGCCUUUGCGGUGGUUAUGAAAAUCUCUGCAAAAUUAUCAAACGAUGACUUUGAUACGAGAGUCACCCCGGUGCUUAUUCGGCUAUUCGGCAACCCCGAUAGAGCGAAUAGAGUAUGCUUGUUAGACAAUUUGCCUCUCAUGAUCGAUAGACUUUCGCAAAAGGUGGUGAACGAUAAGAUCUUCCCGCAAAUAGUUACGGGGUUCACAGAUAUCGCACCUGUUGUGAGAGAGCAGACACUGAAGUCGGUCUUGACACUCAUCAAUAAGCUCUCAGACCGCACCAUCAACGGAGAGCUGUUGAGAUAUUUGGCCAAAACGGCCAACGACGAGCAGCCGGGAAUCCGGACUAACACCACGAUAUGUCUUGGCAAGAUCGCCAAGAAUCUCGGGCCUUCAUCAAGAGUUAAGGUGUUACUAGCGGCUUUCAGCCGCUCACUUCGCGAUCCCUUUGUCCAUGCCCGCAAUGCGGCCCUCUUAGCCCUGGCGGUGACGGGCGAGUAUUUCUCGGACGAGGACUGCGCGACGCGCGUGUUACCUGCCAUCUGCCCUCUGCUGGUUGACAAAGAAAAACAAAUCCGAGACCAGGCGGCCAAGACGAUCGAAGUAUAUUUCCAAAAGGUCAGAAAAGCUGCUGCCGCCAUGCCCGACUCGGCCCUCCCGCCAGAAUCCACCUCGCCAGGAGUGCCACGGAUGAGCACGCCUCAGCCAGGGCAGCAGGGCCAGUCAGGCCAGCCGGCGUCCUCUUCAGCGUCUUGGGCUGGAUGGGCCAUCUCCUCCUUCACCAACAAGCUCUCUGCAGCGGCGGGCGAUAUCGAGUCCUCCAACGGGGCUGCUGCGUCGGCGCCAUCGGCAACGGCCAACAAGCGCCAAGUCCCAACAGUCGUGCCAGCCUCGUCCUCGGCGUCCACACUGCACCGCCAGGCCCUCAAGUCUCCACCUCUCGGAUCCGCUUCGGCGCCCCUCUCCCGGACCUCGUCGUCUGGGGGCUUUGGUGGCGAGUCCUUCUUCCCCGACCCGGAAGUCGUCGAUGACGACGGCGAUGCCUGGGGCGACAUGGACGACGGAACGGGGGAGGCCGACGACUUUUUCGGCGACGCCAACGACACCCCUACUUCACCACAGACGAACUCCCUAUCCUCAUCCACGACACUGCCCUCGAAAAAGAGCUCGGCAGCGCCCGCAGUGCCCUUUGACGACAGCUCCGAGCCCGACUUUGCCGGCUGGCUCGCGGCGCAGGCGCAGAAGAAGAGCGGCGGGCUGGGCGGGAAAGGCUUGCCCAAGGGCCUGUCCAAGGCGUCGACCACCGCUGCCGCGCCUGCAAAGAAGCCCUUGCCGGUGGCUGUGUUCAAGCCAAAGACACAGCCUGUUGCGGCUAAGAAGCUGGACAUGAAGCCAAAACAGACGGACGAAGAUGACGGCUGGGGGGACGGCUGGUAGGUACAGCUCCCGUAAGGUUAAUAUGAGACAGGGCAGACUCUAGGAGAGAAGGGUAGAAAAUAUUUUUGUGCAACUUUCUUUUCUUCUGAAUACUUAUUACUACCUUAACCACCCCCAGCCUGGUUAUAUAUGUGUAGCCAUUUUAGUCUUGGGGGGCCGAUACUUAGACGGCUUUGUCAUGACCUCCUGGUUUUAGAGGUCUCGCCUUUUUGAAGGUUUGUGGGUAGAUACGAAGUACCUUGGCAAGUAACUUUAUCUGUUCUUGAGCUUUUGAGCUUUUCAGGACUGUCAAUUUCCAGAGGAUAUUGUUCGUGAUAUCUAGAUCAUACCACUGAUGGUUUGCCUAAGAGAGAGUGUAGUGGUACUACAAGGUGGGGGUAAAAUGGAUUGGUUGUCUUGUUCGAUUCUAGGAAGGGAAUGGUUGUGGUGUGUGC